AAUAAUAUAUAUCGUUGUUCUCAUAUUAAAAGAACAAUAUGUUCCUAUUUUACGAAAUAAAGUGUUGAAAUGGAAAAUUUUCAUUCUAGUAUUCAAACAGUGAUAGAAAGGUAAAGUGGAAAAACACUUUAUCUAAAAGUAUAAAUUAUGUGGAACUUUAAUCAGGAAUAUCAUUAAACUUCUUUUGCGUAUUAUUUUUCUCAUCAUAAAGGAUUUUAUAAAGAAAAUGAAAGGAUUGGUGCUUGGUAUAUAUGAAACAGAAGAUGAAAGCAACAUUUCAUUGACUCCUACAGCGGCUAAAUACGAUGAACUAGUUAAAGGAAAGCUACAAAAAAAUAUUUUGUUGAGAGACUAGACUGAGAGACGGUAUUGUACGCAUGAUAUGAAGCAAAAACUCGCUGCACAGAAGGAGUUGCCUGACACAUAUUUUGUUAUAUAAAAAAAGAAAAAAAGAAAUUUUAAAAACGCAUUAUUUCUAGAAUAAUAAUUCUUUUAGACUGAUUAUCAAUUAAGUUAACAUUACUAAUGAGGAACUUGAAUAACAAAUUCAAGUAGUAUGAAGUCCAAAAGAUUAUAUUAAAAUUAUUAUAAUAUAUUUCAAGAAAGAUUGUUGAGUUGAAUAACGAUGUCAGCUAUCAGUGAUAGUAAUUUGGGAAAUGAUAGCACUGCUGGAAGCAGUGGGGGAGUAGGUGAAUGUAGUAGUAGAAUAAGUAAACAACAUUCGACAAAUGUUCUUCAUAGGAUUAGCGGCACACUCGAAGAUAAAAAUAAUGAUUAUCAAUGUCCUAUUUGUUUUGAAGUAAUUGAUGAAGCUCAUAUCACACGCUGCGGUCAUACAUUUUGUUAUCGAUGUAUAGUAAAAUCAUUGGAAGCUAACGGACGUUGUCCAAAAUGUAGCUAUACGUUAACUCAACAGGAUAUUUUUCCAAAUUUUUUGUUACACGAAUUAAUAUCGAAACAUAAAACUAGAAUUAGAGGUCUUGUUGAAUUAGGCAGUUCUUAUGGUACCGAUGGUAGACACAGAGCAGGUGGUACAGAUUUAUCUGUAUCACCUUACGAUGGAUUGAGAGAUAUUGUAGCUGCCGAAAGCGCUAAUCUUACUUUACCAGAUGUAAAUGUCAUGCUAGAAGUAUUAACACAAAGGAAACAUUUACUGGAAGCGGAAACAUGUGCGGCACAAAAUAAACUAUUGCAUGAGUUUUUAAAACAUUUAUUGCAACAGAAGGAAGAGCAAAAGAAUCAGUUACAGAAAGAGAUAGCAUUGAUUAAAAAAGAUAUGGAAGAAGUUGAAAAUAUUUUAAGGGAUGUUCAAAGUAAAUGCCCUAAGAUAGAAGACUUAAAGAAAUCCAGUGAAAAUGAUACUGCACAAGUGUCAGCUAUUAGAAGAGAAAUGAUCGGUCUUAUAGACAUAAUAGAUUCAAAUAUGUUAAAACCGAAUGAAAAAGUAGGUGCUACUGGAAACGAUACGUUCGUUAAUCCUACAGGAAAUCAAAAACAGAUUGAUUAUACAGUUGGAUCGACUUUGGCUGUACGUAGAAAGAGAAUGCAUGCUCAUUUUGAUGAUUUUGUUCAAUGUUAUUUCGAUUCCCGUGCUAAGGAAUUGCUCCUUGGACCUAAGCCUCAGAAUCAAAAUGAAUCAUGGCAUGGUAUAAGUUCAGGACUAGAUGUAUUUAGAGAGAAUCUUGUUAAGUUUUCAAGAUACAAUUCGUUACGUCCAUUGGCAACAUUGAAUUAUUCAUCAGACAUUUUUAAUAAUUCCACCAUUGUUUCGAGCAUAGAGUUUGAUAAAGAUAACGAAUUCUUUGCCAUAGCCGGAGUUACUAAACGAAUAAAGGUGUUUGAUUAUAGUGCUGUAAUAAGGGACACGGUAGAUAUACAUUAUCCAUGCGUAGAAAUGGUUUCCAGUUCGAAAAUAUCAUGUGUUUCAUGGAAUUCCUUUCAUAAAGGGAUGCUAGCAUCAUCUGAUUACGAAGGAACUGUAACGGUAUGGGAUGCUGCUACCGGUCAAAGAACCAAAGCUUUUCAAGAACACGAGAAAAGAUGUUGGUCAGUUGACUUCAACGAUGUAGAUACUAGACUUAUAGCGUCGGGAUCAGACGAUGCUAGAGUUAAGCUAUGGUCUUUGAACAAUGAUCAUUCCGUUGCCUCUUUGGAGGCAAAAGCUAAUGUGUGUUGUGUAAAAUUUAAUCCACGUAGUUCGUGUCACUUAGCAUUUGGAUCCGCUGAUCAUUGUGUUCAUUACUAUGAUUUACGUAAUAUGAAGGAAGCACUGUGCAUAUUUAAAGGUCAUCGCAAGGCUGUUUCAUAUGUUAAAUUCAUUAACAAGGAAGAAAUAGUAUCAGCAAGUACUGAUUCCCAAUUAAAAAUGUGGAACAUUAAUAAUCCGCAUUGUUUGCGUUCGUUUGUUGGACAUGUAAAUGAAAAGAAUUUUGUUGGUCUUGCUACUGAUGGUGAUUAUGUGGCGUGUGGAUCAGAGAAUAAUGCACUUUAUAUAUAUUACAAAGGACUUACAAAACAACUAUUCUCAUAUAAAUUUGAUGCUGUUCGAAGUAUAUUAGAGACACAAGAACGAAGGGAAGAGGAUCUGAACGAAUUUGUCUCUGCUGUUUGUUGGAGACAAAUGUCCAAUGUUGUGGUAGCUGCAAAUUCUCAAGGAAUUAUUAAAAUAUUAGAACUUGUUUGAAGAUAAUCACAAAUUGAAUAUGAGUACAUUUGAUAUAUGUAUUUGGAAAUUUAUUCAAUUAAAUGCUCAGAUACGAUUAACAACGAGAAGUGAAAAUUAAUUCUAAAUGUUAUAGUAAUUUGUUGUAGGCCAAAUUUAAAGAACUGUAUAAUACAUUAAAAAUCUAAAUUAUUAGAGACUGACUUAUUUGAGAAAGUAAUACUCCGGGCGUUAAAACAGCACAAAUAUUUUUUAUAAUUGUAUUCUUGUUAAAUCUCUGGGUACUGUUACUUAUAUUACUUUUAGUUGAAUACUUCACAAUUAAGAUAUCAUUUGACAAUAGACUGAAGUUUAAUAAUAAAUAACCCACAUAAUUAUUAUAUUAGUGGCACAUGUCUGCAUCUAAACAAAGUUUUAGUACGAAAUGUGGCCUUUUUAUGACUUUGUAUCAAUUCAGUUAGCAUUCAGAAUUGUGCAGUUGUAUUCCAGAAUUGAUGCAUUUGCACAGUGACUAGAUUACUAAUGGAUUAGCACAAUUCAUCUAUGAUAAAAUCAUGCUAGAUAAAUUUUAUCUUAGUUUUAUGUGAUAUUCUUUGUCAUUAUACAGCAUUAAAAUGGAUUCAUUUAUAUUUAAAGCCAUUAGAACAUAUAAAUUUGUGGAAAUAUAAAAUUUCAUUAUUCUAAACAAUUUACUAUAUAAAAAGUAUUUUUAUGAUGUGUACUAAUAUGUAAAAAAGAGAGAAUCAUUUAAAAUUAUCAACUUAUGAGAAAGUUGUAACAUUAAAAUACAACUUUAAUUACAUAAGACAUAAUUCUUAUAAUAAAUCUUGCCAAAGUAGCCUAAAGGAAAUAAAAAUAGUAGUAAUAUACAAGUUGAUAUCACGAUGAAUAUCAAUAUUGUUCAUUAAAUUCAAUUUGUGCCAAGAGUAUCAUGUUAGCUAAGAAGUAGUAAAUGUGCUUGAAUUGCAUUAAGUUCCUAUUAUCAGUGUUACAAUCACUGUCUUGGUAAAUAUUAGUGUCAGAGCUAAGAAAAGAUAGAAUUUUAAAUGGAAAUGAAUUUAACUGUACUUAGACUAUUUAUAAAUGAAUUCACAUUAAAAAUAAUAAUUCAAUAAUUUUACUGGAAAAGAUAUCAAACUUCUUCGUAUUUAUUAUUUUCUAUAUACAUAUAUAUAUAUAUAUAUAAUAUUAUUUUACUUAGCUCUGAUUAGUAUAUUCUAAAUAAACAUGCAUUAAAUGGUUCAUUUUUUAAAAUAUUAGUAUGUCAAUUCUUUAUUUACUGUUCAUGUAAUAAUGUUUAAGUUAACAAUGUUAUAAAUACGAUAAAAACCCCAUGACAGAUCUACAUACUUAAAUCAAUGUAUACACAGAGAAACUGAAUUUUGGUAAUAGUUUUACAUUAUACUGUAUUACGUUUAUGAUUAAUUCUUUAAUGUUGUAAAUUCUUGUCAAUAAUGUGUACAUCUGAAAUAAUUGUGACACUCUACCAUUGAUGUAUUACAAGUGCAAAUCAAUUAUCUCCAGAGAUCAGAAAACAUAAUACAGUUCUAAUUAUAAAAAGUAAUUUUAAUGUAAUUAAGAAUUAGCACAAUUGUUAGAAAAAUAAUUAGAGUAAUUUUAAAAGAAUAUAUUCUAGGAUGUAUGUAAAGGAUAGUAUAUUUUUAGAUUGUAUUUUGAAAUUGCAAAUGUUAUAGCACACGCUAUACAUGUCCAAGACGCCUAAACUUUAUUGUAAUAAAUAAAUUUGUGAAUUUGUGUCUGUCAGUACAUCCUCAAACAAAA